UCCUCUUCCUCUUUCUCCCUCUCUUCCUCCUCCUCCUCCUCUACCUCCUCCUUCUCUACCUCCUCCUCCUCCUCCCCUUCCUGCCUCUCUUCCUCCUCUUCCUCCUCGUCCUCCUCCUCCUCUUCCUACUCCUCCUCUACCUCCUCCUCCUCGUCCCAUUCCUCCCUCUCUUCCUCCUCCUCCUCUUCCUCCUCUUCCUCCUCCUUUUCCUCUUCCUCCAUCUCUUCCUCCUCUUCCUCUACCUCCUCCUCCUCGUCCCAUUCCUCCUCCUCCUCCUCCUCCCAUUCCUCCUCCUCCCAUACCUCCCUCUCUUCCUCUGCCUCCCUCUCUUCCUCCUCCUCCUCCUCUACCUACUCCUCCUCGUCCCAUUCCUCCCUCUCUUCUUCCUCCUCCUCUUCCUCCCUCUCUUCCUCCUCCUCCCAUUCCUCCUCCUCCCAUUCCUCCCUCUCUUCCUCUUCCUCCCUCUCUUCCUCCUCCUCCUCCUCUACCUACUCCUCCUCGUCCCAUUCCUCCCUCUCUUCUUCCUCCUCCUCUUCCUCCCUCUCUUCCUCCUCCUCCACCUCCUCCUCCUCCUCCUCAUCCUCCUUCUCCUCUACCUCCUCCUCCUCGUCCCAUUCCUCCCUCUCUUCUUCCUCCUCCUCUUCCUCCUCCUCCACCUCCUCCACCUCCUCCUCCUCCUCUAACUCUUCCUCCUCCUCCCAUUCCUCCUCCUCCUCCACCUCCUCCUCCUCCUCUACCUCUUCCUCCUCCUCCCAUUCCACCUCCUCCUCCUCCUCCUCUUCCUCCCUCUCUUCCUCCUCCUCCUCUACCUCCUCCUACUCGUCCCAUUCCUCCCUCUCUUCCUCCUCUUCCUCCUGUUCCUCCUCCCCCUCCUCCUCCUCCUCCUCCUCCUCCUCCCAUUCCUCCUCCUCCCAUACCUCCCUCUCUUCCUCUUCCUCCCUC